GUGCCAGGAAAGCAAGACUUCCGUCAACAAUAAUUUGUUACACAUGCAAAAUCCUUUUUAGUCUACUUUCAGUUUUAAAUGUUUUGAAUUUUGCUGCAUUUACCUAGUCAAAAGCUACAAUUUGUGACAUGGAUCCAUUAAACAGCUCUUCUGAGGAUGAAGCACCAGAAGAAUUCAGCGCAACUCAAGUUAAGAAACAACGUGUUUCUCAGUUGAAAAGUAUUAAAGAUGCAGAAAGAAAAAGCAAAGAUGAAGAAAAAGAACGACGAAGGAAGAGAAAUGAGCUUUUCAAGACUCAAAAGCAAAAGAAACUGCUUGAUUGGAGCUCAAGGAAAUUACCUAAAGAUGUUUUAGAAGCAGUUUCAGGAUUUAAAAGAAAGGGACCAAAAACAGAUAAACCUCCCAGCGAUCCAAGACUUAAUGAAGACGAUACAGAAGAAAUAAAUGAAACAGAGGAUAGGCUUUCUGACAGUGGAAUUGAUGAUGCUAGUCCAAAGUUGAAUAGCAGCCCUGAUUUUAUUCCUAUUGGCAAUUCCGGAAAGUUAGCAGUUGUACCUGUCAGUCAGGUGGCAAAGAUUAAGAUGACAUCACUGGAGAAGGCUUUGGAAUUUAAACAGAAACAACUUUAUAAUCAGCCUACUAUUCCUCGUGAAAGCAGUAAAAAACGGAGGGCAAGGUUAUCCAAACUUCCUGCUGACAAGAUUAAGAAAUAGUCCUGAAAAGUAAUAAAUGUGUUGGGCAUGUUAG